AUGGAAGAUCGUUCCAUGGAUCUUUAUCCGCCGCCGAUUCCUAAUCUCUCUAACUGUGUGACUAUCAAGCUCACACUUGAGAAUUACACAAUCUGGAGAGAUCAGUUCGAAGCCUUUCUCUGGGGUCAGCGUCUUCUGGGCUUUAUCACUGGUGGAAUCCCUCCGCCGUUGCCGACUCUUACGGUCACAGACCUCACUGGAGCAACGAGUCAAGCUCGGAACCCGGCCUACACCACUUGGUGUCAAACCGAUCAGGUGGUCCGAUCUUGGCUCCUGAGGUCCUUUUCUGACACUAUCCUCCGUCUGGUGCACCGGUGUACUUCGUCGUACGAUGUUUGGAUGGCUCUGUCGAACCACUUUAACAAGGUGUCUUCGAAUCGCUUGUUUGAGCUCCAUGGUCGCCUCCAAAACAUUACUAAGGCUGGUAAAACGAUGACGGCGUAUCUUCAGGAGAUCAAGGAUCUCUGUGACCAACUAGAUGCGAUUGGUAACCCUGUCUCUACCAAGAUGCAUGUGUACCAUGCGCUUCAUGGUCUUGGUCAUGAGUAUGAGCCGGUCAAAACAACCAUUGAAGCAUCGAUGGAAGCCUCACCAUGUCCGUCUCUCGAUGAUGUCACACCACGCCUUACAGCGUUUGAUGCUCGGCUUCAAACUCAUUUCACCUCUACGGGAAUCAAGCCUCAUCUGGCAUUUCACGCGAUGCAGAUUUCUCAAGGUUACUACAGUAACAGAGGGCGUGGUCAGUCUCAAUACCGUGGAGGCAGAGGUCGCAGCUUCUCCACAAGAGGACGAGGCUUCCCGCAGCAAGUAGCCUCCAUCAGAGGUCCGACUACUCAAUCAGACACCGAGAACAAGAAGUUGUGUCAGAUUUGUGGUAAGAAGGGACAUGUGGCUCUGUCGUGUUGGCAUAGGUUUUACAAUGCGUAUCAGGAAGAAGAGAUGCCAAUGGCGAUGGCUGCUAUGUGCAUUACUAACAUCACUGACCAAACCGGACAUGAGUGGUUCCCGGAUACUGGAGCUAGUGCGCAUGUGACUAACUCUUGUGGCAAUCUCUAA